ACGCCAUUGCUGCCCUUCCCUUGGAGCACAAGAACGCAAACAUAAAUAGCAAGAAGCUGAGAAAAGCAAGAACUCAAGCACCAUCCACUCCAGUUGCUUGCCUCCGUUGAUUGACUUGUCACGCCAGGAAGGAGGAGAUGAUGAAGGCAAUGUCCGGGCCGAAGAUACUGAUCGUCCACCCGUCGUCGAACAAGUUCGGGAAAGGGGCGGCGUCCAUGUCCGGUCGCUCCUUCUGGCUCGUCGUGCUUCUCGCGGUGUUCGGCAGCGUGUCCCUGCUCACCGUCUUCUCCACGGCGCGCGCUGCGUCCGGCGCGGCGCCACCGCGGGUCACGUUCGCGGUCGCCGCUGACGCCGCCUCGGCGGGGGCGAGCGGAGGACGGCUGCCGGCGCACGUGUUCGACGCGCUGGUGCGGUACGCGGCGGCGGCGGGGGCGAACUCGACGGCGAGCAUGCCGGAGGAGGACGUGCGCGCGAUCGCGUCGGUGCUGCGCCGCCGCGCGCCGUGCAACCUCCUGGUGUUCGGCCUGGGCGCGGAGACGCCGCUGUGGCGCGCGCUGAACCACGGCGGGCGCACCGUGUUCCUGGACGAGAACCCGUUCUACGUGGCGCACAUGGAGGGCGCGCACGGGCCCGGGCUGGAGGCCUACGACGUGGCCUACGCCACCGCCGUGCGCGAGCUCCCGGACCUCCUGGACGCCGCGCGCGCGUCCAGGCGCGCCGAGUGCCGGCCCGUGCAGAACCUGCUCUACUCCGAGUGCCGCCUCGCCAUCACCGACCUGCCCAACGCGCUGUACGAUGUGGCGUGGGACGUCGUCCUCGUCGACGGGCCCCACGGGUAUGCCGAGGGGUCGCCGGGGAGGAUGGCGGCGAUCUACUCGGCGGCGGUGAUGGCGCGGACGAGGGGGACGGAGACGGACGUGCUGGUGCACGACUUCCAGAGGGAGGUGGAGAGCGUGUGCGCCAAGGAGUUCCUCUGCGAGCAGAAUCGGAUGGAGGGGACCAGCACGCCGUCGCUCGGUCACUACGUCGUGCGCGGUGGCGCCGCCGCCGGCCGGGAGGACUUCUGCUCGGCGCCUGCCACCAAGAAGGCGAACUAG